GCGGGCGGCGGCGGCCCAGGCGGGCACUCGGGGAGCGGGGACGGGCGGCGGCCCUGCGGCCUCGGCCAUCCCGUAAUCGCAUCUUUUCUGGGCGUCUCAUCUGCAGAGCGAGCGCUAUGUCCGCGGAAAUCCCCGAGGCAGCCUCCGCGGAGGAGCAGAAGGAAAUGGAAGAUAAAGUGACUAGUCCAGAGAAAGCUGAAGAAGCAAAAUUAAAAGCAAGGUAUCCUCAUCUGGGACAAAAGCCUGGAGGUUCAGAUUUCUUAAGAAAACGGUUACAGAAAGGGCAAAAAUAUUUUGAUUCUGGGGAUUACAACAUGGCUAAAGCGAAAAUGAAGAACAAGCAACUUCCUGCUGCAGCCCCGGAUAAGACGGAGGUCACUGGUGACCACAUUCCCACCCCACAGGACCUUCCUCAACGGAAACCAUCCCUUGUUGCUAGCUAGCUGACUGGCUGAUUAAAAGCACUGAACUGCAUGAAUCUUCUAACUCCCAAUAUUUCUCCUUAAUAUGUUACUUCUCGGCAUUUUGUUUCCUUUCAUUCACUGAGUCAUUUGAGACUGACAGCUUUGCAGGUAGUGGUAGUGUGUGCUGCUGUUGUAAGGGGAUAUAUAUGUGUAGAGUUUUGAUUAGUUUAACAGUGCACUGAUGAAAGGGACAUGUUAGAACAACAUAAGGUAAUCUACUUGAAAAUAAUUAUAUAUAUUACCUAACUCCUAGUGUAGUGCUGGUUCCAACAAGUAACAAGUUUUAAAAAUUUUAAUGUUUUGGAUUUUCCUUACUUCAUCUUAAUUAUAGCUUUGUAUGUUACUCUUAUUUAAUAUAACCUCUAUUGUAUUGAUUUCUUUGGUAUGCUGUAAAACAGAAGUUUAAGACCACAAGUUGGGAUAAAGGUGUUACGUAUUUCAGACACAAACAAAUAGAUGGGGCUCUGUGCUUGAACUUGAAUGGCCUUAAACCUGUUUCACCUUUAACAAUAGAAUUUUACUUGGGCAAUAUUUGCCCAUUCUGGUGUAACUUAUGUGACUCUAGUGCUUAAUAGCUGCGGUUGAAGCUAGUAUUCUUAGUUCUAUAGUGUUUAGAAUACUUUUUGUUGACGAUGUGAAUGACGUGUGCAUGUGCAUUGACUGUUGAAUUCACUUUUGUGCCAUUUUUGUAAAUACAAUAGUUUUGCACAACCUC